AUGUCUGCUGAUGGCGGCCAUGGUCGGGAGCGCAUCGCGGAGAGCGGUUCUGCUCCCCGUCCGCUCCCCCCCGCGCGUCCCGCUGCGAGCGUGCCCGUUGCUCCGCUGGCAUCUGCUGAUCAGAUACGCCGUCGCUUCGAGGAUCUGCGGCGCGAUCUGACUCCACGUGGCGGAAAUUCCCUGCCGCAGAAGGAGCCUGCCCGCCAGGCGUCCGUCGUGCGCUCCGGCGUAGAGGCUGCGGCGCCCCGGGCACGAUCGCCUCGCCGUCGUUCGUCUGAGGCGCGUGACGACAGGCAGGGGAGCCGCCGUGGCGGUCAGGCUCUCUCAUGCUCAUUUCUCCUCUCCCUCACUCCCGUCCCCCAACCCUCUCAUCUCCUCCCACCCAACCUGAUUCGCUUCCCCCGCCCUGAUGCCCUGAUCACUCCCCACCUGAUCACUCCCUUCCCUACUUGCUCUCUCUCCACGCACCUAAUCCUCUUCCUUUCGCCCCACAUGGUCCUCUCUCCCGAACUUCAUCCUCUCCCCCUCCUCCUGGUCCCCCUCCUCCCCGCCAACCCUCAGAUCGCACGUCUGUUCAACUCGCCCCAGUACCAGAUGCUCUCACCCAUACAGCAGCAGCACCUGCUGCAGCAGGCCCAGGCACAGGGCCUCAUCACCAACGCAGGGGCGCUAGCAAGCUUAUCAGCCGCAGGGGGAGGCGCAGGGGGCGCAGCAGGGGGAGGGGCAGGGGCAGGCGGAGCAGGGGGAAUGCAAGGGGGAGGGGGAGUGGGAGCUGGGGCGGCGAGCGGUGGGGCGGGCUUGGGCGGCAAUCUGCCCGGGCGGGCGGCAGGAGGGACGUCCCUAGUGGGAUUCGGGGCGGCUGCAAGCCCAGCGAGCGCGGGCCAUGGGCGCACAGGGGGCCAUGGGAGGGCUGAUGGGCGCACAGGGGGCCAUGGGAGGGCUGAUGGGCGCACAGGGGGCCAUGGGAGGGCUGAUGGGCGCACAGGGGGCCAUGGGAGGGCUGAUGGGCGCACAGGGGGCCAUGGGAGGGCUGAUGGGCGCACAGCAGCUGUCUUGCCCUUACCUGCGCUGACUGACCUGCAAGCCCAGCGAGCUCGGGCCAUGGGCGCACAGGGCGCCAUGGGUGGGCUGAUGGGCGCACAGGUGAAGCAGGAGCAGCUGCUGCUGCUGCAGCAACACCAGCAGCUGCUACUGCAGCAGCAGCAGCAGCAACAGCAGCAUCAGCAACAGCAGCAGCAACAGCAGCAACAACAGCAGCAGCAGCAGCAGCAGGUGAUGGGGGCGCCAGGGCAGCACAUGCAGCAGGAGGGGCAUCUGGGGGGGAUGGGGCGGCAGGGCAGCAUAGGCGGACCAGCGAGAGCAGCAGGGCAGCAGCAGCAAGGGCAGGGACAGGGACAGGGACAGGGGCAGGGGCAGGGACAGGGGCAGGGGGGGCAGGGAGGGGCACAGGGCGGGAUGCAGGGGCAGCAAGAGCAGCAGCAACAGCAGCAGCAGCAGCAGCAGCAGAUGGGUGUGCCUGGUUCUGCUGGUGGUGGUGGUGGUGGUGGUGGUGGUGGGUGGGGGGGAGCUGGAGGUGGGAAUGGCGGAAGUGGAGGGGGUGGAGGGGGUGGUGGUGGAGUGGCAGGGGAGCAGAGCUCUCUGAGUGGCAUGGAACCCGCACCCAGCAUCACCAGCACGGGCACUGUCACCAAGGGGGCAAGGGGGAAGGCUGGGGCGAAAGAGGAAGCAACCGGGAUCGUCAGGCCCGGCCACCAGCAACGGCACCCCUGCCACUGCUGCUCUCUUGACGAUCUGCCCCUCUCUCCCCUGUCGCUUGUUCCUUUCCUUGUUGCAUCCCCUGUGCCAUCCAAGCAGAGAGGGCAAGGGGGGAGGCUGGGGCGAAAGAGGAAGCAGCCGGGAUCAUCAGGCCCUGCCACCAGCAACGGCACCCCUGCCACUGCUGCAGCCGCUGCCACUGCCGCUGCUACCGCCGCUGCCACUGCCACUGCUGCUGCUGCUGCUGGUGGUGGUGGUACUGCUGGUGAUGGGACUGCUGCCCCUGCUGGUGACGCUGCCGGUACUUCUGGUGCUGGUGUUGCAGGUGAUGGGGGGAAGGCAGCAGGUGCUGGAGGCGCUGUGAAGCCCGAGACUCACCCACAGACACAGGCAGAGCAGCAGCAGCAGCAGCAGCAGCAAGCGACAGCCGAGCAGCAGAAGCAGCAGGAGGAGCAGCACCAACAUCAACACCAGCAGCACCAGAACCAGCACCAGCAGCCGAGUCCCCAGCUAGGAUCCUCCCUCCCCCAGAUGCUACCUCCCCCACUCGUCCCCCCUCUCCCGACCAGCUUCGGCAUGGAAGGGACUCUCUCAGGCGAGCCGUCCCCAGGCAAUGUGGGGAACGAGCUAGUAGAGCUGGAGCGGUUUGGGGUGGGGGACGAUGGGUCGCUGGACGACAAUGUGGACUCGUUUCUGUCCACUGACGAUGGGGAUGGGCGCGAGCCGCUCUUCUGCACCGGCAAGCGCAGCAGCAUGGGCAGCAUGGACGGCAAAGGUUUCUCCUUCACGGAGUACGGGUGCCUAAGGGCCAGCUCCACCAAGGUCGUGUGCUGCCACUUCUCGCAGGACGGAAAGCUGCUUGCCAGCGCUGGUCACGACAAGACGGCUGUGCUGUGGGAGAUGGAUUCUCUUUCAAUGCGCGCCACUCUGGAGGGCCACUCGCUGCUCAUCACCGACGUGCGCUUCAGCCCCACCCUGCCACGUGUCGCCACGUCAUCCUUUGACAAGACCGUGCGCGUGUGGGACAUUGACAAUCCGGCCUUCCCUCUGCGCACGCUAGCGGGUCACAUGACGUCCGUGGUCUCGUUGGAUUUCCACCCAGAGGACGAGGACCUGUUGUGCUCCUGCGAUGCUGACGGGGAGAUUCGCUACUGGAGUGUCAACCAGGAGAUGUGCACCCGGGUGUUCAAGGGCGCCACCACGCAGGUGCGCUUUCAGCUGCGGAUGGGACGGCUGCUGGCAGCAGCAGCAGAAUCAGUGGUCUCGAUAUUCGACGUCGAGACUGAGGCGUGCCUGCGCACACUCGAGCAACGGCACAGCAAGCCUGUCCACUCGGUCUGCUGGGACGCCACAGGCGAGUUCAUAGCAUCGGUCUCAGAGGACGCGGUUCGCGUGUACGCAUUGGGGCCGGGCAACGGGGGCGAGUGUGUGCAUGAGCUGGUCAGCAGCGGCAACAAGUUCCACUCCUGCACCUUCCACCCCAAGUACCCCUCGCUGCUCGUCAUCGGCUGCUACCAGUCGUUGGAGCUUUGGAACAUGGUGGAGAACAAGAGCAUGAUCGUGCAAGGGGCUCAUGACGGGCUUAUCGCUGCACUUGCACAUUCCCAGGCGCGCGGGCUCGUUGCGUCGGCGAGCCAUGACAAAUUCCAAUCUCGCUUCAAGCAAACUCCCUCGCAGUCGUCAGCCUCCCGUCGCGAAGGUUCCAUGAUCCCCACUCCCAGUACGAGCCUCUCUUCAAUGCACGCGCCAUCCACCGCCGCGAAAAGCGCCGUCAGAGGCGGCGCCAGCAGCGUUACAGGCCGACCCUCCGCAACGCCCCGCGCGAACCUCACCCCCGCCGGAUCCCGCGCGGGAGCCAGCAGAGGCGGCGGGUCUACCACGGGGCUCGUGAGCGCAUGCAGCGCUGGCGGAAGAGGCCCUUCCGGGGCAGGCGGAGCAGCCGGAACGGGCGGAGCGGGUUUCCGCGCGCCAUCCAGUGCGGCCAGAGGCAAUCCGCAGGCAGCGGGGCAUCAAUAUCAAACUCCCAUGGGGAGAGGGAUCAAGGGACGUCUGUUCCAGACUCCCAUGGCUGGAGGAGGGAGAGGAGGAAUGGGUGCUGGCGGGAGAGAGGGGAGAGUGGCGAUGGUUGCGGGGGGACGAGGAGACGGAAGGAGUGCAGCAGUAGGGGAGGCGAGGCGAGGAGAUGGGGGAGGGGAUAGAGCAGGUGGUAAGGGAGGUGGUGGGGAAGGUGGUGGGGAAGUUAGCCGUGAGAAUCCAAACUUGUCGCUUGUGCCGUCAGAUGAGGCUUUGGAAGGUGGUGAGCUGGCAGCAGGGACGGCCACCGCGUCAGCAAUGCUGGAUGCUGAUGUGGCAGGAACAGCAGGUGGCGAGGAUGCGUCGGUUGGAGAGAGGGAAGGGGACGCGCAAGGGGCGGAAGGGCCUACUACCAGCGGAGACAGAAGGGAGGAGGAAGGGGGUACCAGCGGUGUCAUGGGGGAGCAGGAAGGAGGGACCAGCGUUGACGGGCGGGGGCUGGAAGCGGCUGCUGUAGCUGGUGGAGUGCUGGGGCUACAACUGGCUCAUGUGGCUGGCGAACACGAACAGGCGGAAGGGGUGCAAGCGGAAGGUCAGCAGGCGGAAGAGCUGGCGGAAGGAGAGCAUGCAGCAGGGGAGCAGGCGGACGGGGGUGAGAAGGCGGACGGGGAGCAGGCGGAGGGGGAACAGACGGAAAGGGCGAGAGGCUCUGUGAGUAGUGACGAUAGUGGUCUUGCUGCGUUGUUGGAAGCAGCGGGAGCAGAUGAACCUGCUGGUGCUGAAGGUGGUUUUGCUACUGGUGCUGCUGGUGCUGCUGGUGCUAAAGGUUCGGAAAGAAGUGAAAGGGGCGAGAGAGGCGAGAGGGACGAGAGGGACGAGGAGGAGGAGAUGGUACCGGCAGUGGCAGCAGUGAUGGAGGAGUUGUCUGGGCUAACGUGGUCGGCUCAAGCGGCGAUUGUGCGGAAUAAGGAUUUGCAGGUGCAGGUGAUGAUGGUGCUGCAGGAGGAAGCAGCGGAGGAGAGAAACCGAGAGAACAUGGCCGCCCUGUCAGCAGCAGCGAGCUACUGCGCGGACCUGCAGCAGGAGCGGUGCGAGCAGCAGGGGCAGCAGCAGCGGAUGCAGAUCCACGAGCGGGCGCGGCAGCUACUGAGUGAGGAGGGCGUGGGGCCGCUGCUGCAGCAGGAGGAUCAGCAGCGCGGCGACCACCAGCUGGCUUUAAGGAGCAUCAUUCAUGCGCUGUCGGACUCGCUGGUGAAACUGCCCAUCCACCCCUCCAGCACGGUGCUGCAGCAGCAGCAGCAGCAGCAGCAGCAGCAGCAGCAGCAGCAGCAGCAGCAUCAGCAGCGCGGCGGCAACCAGCUGGCGUUGAGGAGCCUCAUCCUGGCACAUUCGGUCUCUCUUGUGAAACUGCCCAUCCACCCCUCCAGCACGGUGCUGCAGCAGCAGCAGCAGCAGCAGCAGCAGCAGCAGCAGCGCGGCGGCCACGAGCUGGCGUUAAGGAGCAUCAUCCAGGCACUGUCGGAUUCGCUGGUGAAACUGCCCAUUCACCCCUCCAGCACGGUGACUGCGGCACGGCUUAAGGAGCAGCUGGACGGCCUCCACGACUUGCUCACGGCCAUGCAGCCAUGUGCCGACGACCUCUCCCAGGUUCCCGGGGUGGCAUGCCUCGUCUCUUCCAUAGCCGACCGUCUCACCUCUACCAAGGAGGAACUCGAUGCUGCAUGUGGCAACAGCGACCGCCUGGCUGACGCCUCUUUGAAGGAGCAGACCAAGGCAUACCAGCUGCAGCAGCUCGCAGACCACACACGACCUGAGUUGUGA